UAUUUUAGCCGCCACUCCGGUAUUAAACACACGUCUGCUUCGUUUUGUAAACUAUGUAAAACAAAAUUGAAAAAAAAAGAUUGGAUACGAAAUGUCCCAAAGAAAUAUUACGUGCGUUGCAGCGUUAAUUUUAAAUCAAUCAAUAAAAAACAUUCAUAUUUCUAGGUCCUUUUUUAAACCCAAGGAUACAUCAGUAAAUUUGAGAGAUGAAGUAAAAGCAUCGAGGUCGUUUAAAGAAAUUAAAGCUAACUCACCCGAUGAGAGGCCGGCUAAGAAACUUAAACUGGACGUGGAAUCGGAAGUGGAAAAGCCAAAAGCAGUCUCACUGGUCACGCUUAAUGAUGAGAAAAUUGAUAUUAUAUCCAGAGAAUAUAACCCGGCCAAAUGUCGUUACCAUCCACUUGACGACGCUCCGUGGAAGAAAGGUGAAAGCACUCCUUACCUGGCUCUUACACGUACUUUCCAUUUAAUCGAAGACACGAAAAGUCGACUAAAAAUGAUUGAAAUUUUAGGAAAUUUGUUCAGUUCCAUAAUUUUACUGAAUCCAAAUGAUUUGCUGCCUAGCAUUUAUUUGUCUAUUAAUCAAUUAGCGCCAGCAUAUGAAGGUCUGGAACUUGGCGUAGCGGAAACAACGUUGAUGAAGAUAAUAUGUGAAACGACGGGACGUAAGUUGGAUUUUAUUAAAUCCCAAACUUAUGAAAUAGGCGAUUUGGGCAUAGUAGCGGAGCAAUCAAGAAUGGCACAACGUAUGAUGUUUAAGCCGGCUCCUCUAACAAUUAGUGGGGUUUUUAAAAAACUUAAGGAUAUAGCUAAAGCACCGGGUAAAAAUAAAAUCACCCAUAUUAAGGAUAUAUAUAUCGCAUGUAGAUCUUCGGAAGCUCGGUUCUUUAUUAGAUCUUUAUUGGGAAAGUUACGUAUUGGUAUAGCUGAACAAAGUUUGUUAGCCGCUGUUGCUACUGCCAUUGUAAAAACGCGACACAUUGAUAAAAUUAACAAAAUGAGUGAAGAUGUUGUGAAAGAAAAAGCAGAUGAAGUUGCUGUACUUUUAAAAACCGCUCAUUGCCAGUGCCCCAACUAUGAUAAGGUUAUACCUAUAUUGUUGGAGCACGGUGUAGAAAAAUUGCAGGAUUAUUGUCCAAUGGUGCCGGGAGUUCCCAUAAAACCAAUGUUGGCUCAGCCUACUAAAGGUGUGUCGGAGGUAUUGGAACGUUUCGAUGGCCUGGCCAUUACUUGCGAGUGGAAAUAUGAUGGUGAACGUGCGCAAAUUCAUAGCGAAGAAGACGGCUCCGUAUCAAUAUUUUCGCGAAAUCAAGAGAACAACACCACCAAAUACCCUGACAUUAUAGGACGAAUUAAGGAAUUUGUAAAGCCUGAGGUUUCUUCAUUUGUAAUAGACAGUGAAAUUGUUGCCUGGGAUGUGGAGAACAAAAUGAUUUUACCCUUUCAAGUCCUAACCACCCGCAAGCGUAAAAAUGUCGAUAUCGACGAAAUUAAAGUGCAAGUAUGUGUUUACGCAUUCGACUUGUUGUACUUGAAUGGAGCGCCUUUAGUUUCAAAACCAUUCGCGGAGAGAAGAAAACUUUUGAAAGAACAUUUUGUAGAACAGGAAGGAAUUUGGAGGUUUGCUACUGCUGUGGAUACUAUGGACGUUGAUGAGGUGCAACAGUCUUUGGAGGACUCAAUAAAAGGAAAUUGUGAGGGUCUAAUGGUAAAGACUUUGGACGUUGACGCCACAUAUGAAAUAGCAAGGAGAUCACGUAAUUGGCUUAAGCUUAAGAAAGACUAUUUGUCAGGAUGUGGCGACUCAUUAGAUUUGGUGGUAAUUGGUGGCUACCGAGGUAAAGGUAAACGUACUGGCAGCUAUGGUGGUUUCCUGUUAGCCUGUUAUGAUCAUGACAAUGAAGAAUAUCAAAGUAUUUGUAAAAUUGGUACAGGUUUUUCAGACGAAGAUUUACAAACUCAUGCAGACUUCUUUAAAAAUUAUACUUUACCGGCAAAAAAGUCUUACGUUUGUUGCGAUAGCUCAUUAGAGCCAGAUGAUUGGCUGGAACCAGUGCAGGUAUGGGAAAUAAAAUGUGCUGAUCUCUCUCUUAGUCCCAUACACAAGGCUGCGGCAGGGAUUGUUGAUCCUGAAAGGGGCAUUUCAUUACGUUUUCCACGCUUCAUACGUAUUCGAGACGACAAAUCAGCCGAAAUGGCAACUACUGCUCAGCAAGUGGCCGAUAUGUAUAGUUCUCAAGAUCAAAUUAAAAAUCAGCAAAGCCGUAACGUUAAAGCUGAAGAUGAUUUCUAUUGAAGUUUAUUAAAAAGAUUGAAUUUUGCGACUAUAAUAAAAGUUAUCGAUUAUGCUGCUUUUUCAAAGAGAAGCUGCGAUUUUAAAUAAUUUGCUAAUUUUCUUAAUCACGUAAUCGAUUCGAAUAGCGCUUUAGUGCAAUCUCCAGCAAAAGUAUUUUUGAUGAGAUGAUUAUUGACCCUGAAAUUUAAAAUAAUAUAAUUGCAAUAAAACAAAAA